ACUGUUAGAUGUGCUGAGUGCUGUGCUGAUAGCUGAAGCUGAUUGAUUAUCUCAAAUUCUCAAAUGCCUCUAUAGACUUGUCUCAAAUGUUGAAGUUGAUUGUAGGUAAUUUAGUGGCUCAAAUUGUGAUAAGCUGAUAAGUGAUCACUGCUAUUCACCAUCACUAGUAUUGAAAUAGUAUAAAUAUUCAAUUCCCAAGAUCUUUACAUACACAUUGUCAUGGCUUCCACCACCACUGUCUCAGAUCCACUCACGAAUAUACCUUCAGUUCGAGAAGAAAUGAUACAAACUGCAAUAAAAUUUCUGGAAAACCCAAAUGUUGUCAACACACCACUAGCACAAAAGCAAAAAUUUCUUCAACGAAAGGGAUUAACAGAUAAAGAAAUUCAGGUUGCCUGUGAGAAAUCUGGAGCUUAUGAGAGGCAUCAGGAACAGUCUCAUCUACCACCACCUCGUCCUAUUGUUCCAGGCACCAUCAGUCAUUAUCAGCCAUACCCAUUUCAUUUGAACUUCUUUGAUAGAUUGAGGGAUCUAGUCCACAAUGUAGCAAUAUUCAGUAUAGUAGCUUAUGUAAUUCACAAGUUUUAUGAGAGAUAUAUUUCCCCAUUUCUCUUUGGUAAGAAAAAGAAGUCUGUCAAAGAGUCCAUUGAAGAUUUAGAUAAAAAUGUGAAAGCAUCAGUGGACCAGUUGAAAGAUGAUUUGCAGAGUGUCAAGGUAGAAGUGCAUAAAAUCAAUGAGUCUUCUGAAAACAGCACCAAUCGUCAACUUACAGAUCUUAAAUCAGAAAUUGCUAGUGUAAAAGGACUUCUUUUAGGCAGGAAACAGUUUCCAUCUGUGGCGAAUAGUCCUGUGGUACCCCCUUCCAUUCCUGCUUGGCAAAUGUCCAGUGUAUCACCUGAUAACCAUGAUGAGAAUGACAGAGAUGCAGAAGAAAGAAAAGAAGACCUGCUGGAAGAAGUAGCAUCAGGAUCUGGGUCAUCAGAACCUGAACAUGGCAUGAAAACCAGUGAAUCCAGUUUAGAAAUAAUAUAUUCUUCCAGGGACUGUGAUUCAGAAUCCUGCCACAGCAGGAAAAGCAAUAGGGAUGAUACAGACAAAGAUUAAUUUGAAAUUAUUAUAGUAUAUUCUAUUUUUUUAAAUAUUGGUAUGAGAUGUGUUUGUAAUAUAUUUAGUUACCAAUCUGGAUUUUAGGAUUGUACAGGUUUCUAUUUUUGAAUUUUACUUGAGAAUAAUGACUAUACAGGCAGACCAUUUUUUGCAUUUUUAGUUAUGUUAUUGUAUAAAGUCUGAAUACACUUUUUUGUUAC